UGACAUAUUUGAUGCCAUGUUCCCCGUCACACACAUCGCAGGAGAAACAGUCAUACAACAGGGUGAUGAAGGAGACAACUUCUAUGUGAUUGACCAAGGCGAGGUGGAUGUUUAUGUCAACGGAGAGUGGGUCACCAGCAUCGGAGAAGGAGGCAGCUUUGGGGAACUGGCAUUGAUCUAUGGAACACCCCGGGCUGCCACCGUCAAGGCCAAGACAGAUCUCAAGCUCUGGGGAAUCGACAGAGACAGCUACAGGCGCAUUUUAAUG